AUGGAUCCCGUCACUGCUCUUCAGGUGGCCGGCUCAGUUGUGACGUUUGUGGAUUUCUCUCGGACCCUGAUCGCCGACGCCUGUGCCGUGCACAAGUCACCGGGCGGAACCUCGCCGCAGAUGCAGCGCCUGUCUCAGGUGAUUUCUCGGCUCGCGGACUAUGGAGAGAAAAUCUCGGCAUCGCUCGCGGGCGCUGAUCCAAGGGGUGUAUCGUAUCCCUUGUUAGUCGACAUCUGCCGCGAAUGUGUGCGGAUCAAGGAGGACUACCUGGUGGUCCUCAGAGGGCUCCAAGCCAGCGGCGGGUCGAACCUGCACCGCACUCUUAGUAGCAUCGCCGCAGCCUUCAAGCUCGCCUGGUCCCAGGCCAAGAUCGACACCCUAUACCAUCGACUCAGCCAGAUCCAGUCCGAGAUGAUCAUGAUCCAGCUUAUGGCAGCCAGGGAGGACAUUGACGCGGAAUCACGCAGGCGAGAAAAGCACCUCCGGCAUCAGAGCCGAGAUAUCUUCGCGGCCUUCGCUCGCCAGGAGGACAAGAUCGACCAAAUCCAUGAGAAGAUGGUCGGGUUGACAAGUGCCACGGGCCUUGAUGGUAACAGGAAUCGCGGAACGGUUUUCGACGAUCUAUGGAAGGCAGAUUGGCAGAAGGGACGUGGAGACGCUAUCAUGGCCGAAAUGCACAUUACAAACGAGCUCGACAAGCAGGUCCAAGACCAGAUUCUGUCCAGCCUUUACUUCUCUUCCAUCCAGUCUAGAGAGGAAGCCAUCCCAUCAGCAUAUGUCUCGACUUUUGAGUGGAUCUACCACGAGAGGGCUGGAACUGGCUUCGAGGGUUGGCUCGGGAGUGUCAGUACCGACCCUUACUGGAUCACUGGCAAGCCUGGGUCAGGCAAAUCAACGCUGAUGAAGUUCAUCACACAUCACAAACAUACAUACGAGGUACUGAAGUCAUGGGCAGGGGAAGCGCCUCUGCUCGUGACCCAUUUCUUCUUCUGGAAUGCGGGUCUGGAUGAUCUUCAAAAGUCGCACGAAGGUCUGCUACGGACACUACUCUACCAGGCCUUGAGCGAUAGACCUGAAAUGAUUCCCGCGGUCGCCCCUCGGCGCUGGGCAGUGCACCAUGCGUUCCGGGGUCAAACCGUCAAGCCUCCACCCUGGGACUGGACGGAGCUGGAGGAGGUCUUCUCGGCCUUGGCAGCCCUGAGCGGCGGUUUGUUCAAGCUGGUGCUAUUCAUCGACGGCCUUGACGAGUUCAAUGGCGACCCUAGAACACUCAUUACCUGGGUCAAGAACACGACCGAGAAAUACAAGAUCAAGCUCUGCAUGGGAAGCCGGCCGUGGACAGCAUUCUCCGACGCGUUUGUGAAAUAUCCGUCACUCUCUAUGCAGAGCCUGACGACGAACGAUAUUGUCAUCUACACUGACGGCACGUUGGAGUCGAGCGAGGGCUUUCUCGAGCGGCGCCAGGCUUCCCCCCUUGUCGCAGAAGGACUUCGCCAGCAGAUUCUCUCGAGAGCCGAAGGUGUCUUUCUGUGGGUUUUUCUAGUUCUCCAGCAACUUCAAUCCGCUAUGGCCAAAGGGAAAUCCUUGGCCGAUCUCCAAGCCAUCGUGGACGACCUCCCGGGCGACCUCAUGCAGCUCUACAGUCGUAUCUACAGCAGUCUAGAGCAAGAAGACGCCGAGAGAGCAGCACGCUAUCUCUUCAUCAAAGCUGCUUCUUUUGUGCCUCUGCAUGCAGCCAUCUUGUGGACGACCGAGGGCGAGGAUGUACCUGCUGAAUUUGAGGAGCAAAGGACCCGAGAUGCCUUGUUCAUGAUCGUGGCGAGACGCCUCAGCAGCUCUACAAGGGGUAUCUUGGAAAUGUCGGCCAAAGGUUUGAUCGACUACCAUCACCGCAGCGCCCGAGAAUGGCUGUUCAAUCCCGACAUAUGGCAGAAGAUGACGACUCAUAGACCACCCUUGUUCGAUGAGAAUCUUUUACUGCUACAAGCCUGGAUGAAACAGCUCGCCCUGCAAGUCCCAUAUCACGAACCGAGAGACAUCUAUACAGACAAUCGCGAUUACUUUAUGUGGGAGAAGACAGUCCCCUGCUUUUUGUUCGCAUCCAAAGUUGCCGAUUCGCCUCUGAUUACACCGGUUCUAAUCCGGGUGCUGGAAGAACUGCGGCGCCUCAUUGACAAGGAGAUUGAUGCAAUGAACGCCACCGGCAGGUACAAGUUUGGUCUCACCGAGACCAGAUACGUCAGAGACACGUACGUUUCAAAUCACUGGUCCCUCACCCGGAGCCUCACCGUGCACAAUUACAAGACGGACGCGCAAGACUGCUUUGUCGGCGUCAUGGCCCAAUAUGGUGUCGUUCCCUUUGUCAAGCACAAGAUUGAAAAUGACCGCAGCCUGCUCGAAAGAAGCCGGCAGAGGCGGACUCUGCUUGAGAACGCGGUUCUUGGGUACUCUUUUGCGAACAUGGGCAAGGAAGAUGUAUCGUAUAUGUCCAACGACUUUUGGGUUGGCUUCAGCGGCGGUUUUCAUCGAAGGAUCGAGAUGAUACAGAUGCUUUUGAAUGCAGGGGCCCGGCCAUUGCGACACCCCUGCUAUCGCCUAUCACUCCCUCGAAUCUGGAAUCCGCGGGUCCCAUCCGACGUCAUAUGCGUGAUGGCUUGGGCUGGGCGACUUCUUGGGGACUCGAGGAGCUAUUGGGGUUUCUUCGAUUUGCUCUCUGAGUGGGUGCACACGAUGACGCUGUAUCCAGGGUCCCCGGACAAGAUAUGGGAAGAUAUUUUCGAGCUUAUGGGCCAGCAACUCAGGUAA